AAUUAACAUCAUUUUAUUUAUUAAAUAGUUUUUUUUGAUAAAAAUAAUAAUAAUUAACAGUUUGUUAAUUUUUGUUGUUUAAAAAUUAGUAAUUAAUUAAUUAAUUUCUUUCUAAUGAAUUCAUUCAACACAUACCUGUCCGCUAAUAAACGGUGUGUCCGUAAAGUGGGCACCGAUUUGUGUGCUAUUAUUAUUUUGGGUAUACCAGUGUUUGUACUAUUCCUGGUGGGACAGCCCUACAAACGUGGCUUCAAUUGUGAUGAUGAGUCCAUCCGAUACCCGUAUAAAGACAAUACCAUAACUAGUGUUGUCAACUAUCUCUACUCGACAUUGAUUCCCAUUAUAACAAUAAUCAUCGUUGAGAUAGUAUACCACCGAAAAGCUAUCCAAAAUUAUAAUCAAAGUCAGGAUCCGGAUGAUAGCACCGGCCUAAACAAAAUGCCCGCCAAUACUGACCUGUUAUGGCAAAUCUAUUGCCGAUUAGCACCGUUUAUUUUUGGUGCACUCAUAUCCCAGUUGACCACCGACAUAGCCAAAUACACUAUCGGUCGAUUGAGGCCACACUUUAUCGAUGUAUGCAAACCGGAAAUAUCGGACGGCACAAGAUUUACCAUUCAAACAGGAUGUCAGGGUUAUGAGUAUCGGUAUAUUACUGACUACCAGUGCACAUCAAUUGAGUUUAACGAUCACCGCAAACGUGAUGCACACUUAUCUUUUAUGUCCGGACAUUCAUCGUUUGUUGCCUACUGUCUGGUCUAUCUUGUGAUCUAUCUCCAGGUGCGCCUUAGAUGGUCAGCACUGGGUUUCAUUCGUCCCCUGUAUCAGACACUGCUAAUAUAUUUGGUGAUAUAUACUGGAUUUACCCGUAUAUCAGACUAUAAACAUCACUGGAGUGAUGUACUUAUCGGUCUACUACAGGGACUGGUAGUUGCUAUACUCAGUACUGUUUUCAUAUCUGACUUAUUUGCCACCAGAACUCGUAUCGUUGGCUGUCCGACAACAGCAGCAGCAGAGUUGACCGAUAGCUACGGUACUAAUAGUCAAAGCACUGGUAUUAUUCAUCAAUCGCCUAAACGUCAUCCCAAUUAUGACAGUUGUAAAGUAGAAAUGGAUGAAAACCUAAGACUAUACGAUAAUGAUAUAAACAUUUGAUAAUUUUCGUGGACUAAAUUGAA